GAAAGCCACUCUCACUGCUUAAUACCGCGCAAUAACUUUGAGAGAUAUUCCACCACCUUUGACUUCUUUCCAGACUACGUACAAAUUACGGCAGGCGAUGGUGAACAGCCGUGUGGAAUCCACCGCCGUCGCGGUAACAGGAGGUAGCGGGGCAGUGCGUUCCUGUGCAGGCUGCGGAGGUCGGAUCUCGGAUCGCUUCCUGCUCUUCUCCAUGGAUCGGUACUGGCACACGCGCUGCCUUAAGUGCUCCUGCUGCCAGGCUCAACUGGGAGAGAUCGGCAGCACCUGCUUCAGCAAAGGAGGAAUGAUCCUCUGCAGGAAUGAUUACAUCAGGUUGUUUGGUCACAGUGGAGCCUGCAGUGCAUGUGGACAGUCUAUCCCUGCCAGUGAGAUGGUGAUGAGGGCCCAGGGUAACGUCUACCAUCUAAAGUGUUUCACUUGUGCCACAUGUCGAAAUCGCUUGGUGCCUGGUGACCGAUUUCACUACGUCAACGGCACCAUCUUUUGUGAGCAUGACCGGCCUGGUGGAGCUUUGCUCAGUAGUCACCUGACACCCCUGCAGAGCAACACCCUCCUACCCGACCAAAAGGUAUGAUGAAAACACAUUUUGUAAAUGUACAUUUUAUGG